AAAGAUAAUUAGACUACAUGAAGAUAGUCAUCCUCCUUACAUGCUUCACAAUGCUGUUUCAAGUGUUAAUUUCUGUACAUUAAAUAAUUCCAACUGUAGGCACUCAGGUUAUUGACUAACCGUAGCUGUAAAUAGCCGGCUGCACUACCAGAGACACAGGCUGUCAUUUAAAAUAAUCAGUGGGAGGAAACGAGUGACAGCAGUGCAGUUAUCUUAGCAACGUUUGUUAGGGUUGCGACACAUUUACGCUGCAUUAACGAGCAAAAGUAUAAUAGUUUAUUCGAAAUAAUUUGCUCGCUUGCUCCGACCGUUAACAAAGAAAACCGAAGCCGUUGUAGAUUACUAUCUUGUUUCUUUUCAUCAUCUCCGCUUCGAGAAAUCAACGACAUUUCCCAGAAGUCUUUGCCGGUGAACUGUCACCCAAAAUGUCAGCACCCUAGCAGCUCACGCACCGGGGUGAUUACAGGACUAUUUACCUCCAACAUUCGUGUAUUCUUACCGUCGUGACAGGACAACAAUGGUCCGCCAAUGUGGCGAUAGCCCGGAGUUAAUUCAUUACAGUGCGGAGGUAUUUCACAGCUAGCUUAGCUAGCUAACCCCAGCUAACGUUGUUUAUCCUUCAUACUGUUGGGUGACUUACUGACUUGGUAGCUUAACGGAAAACAUGACGUUCUCUUUAGUGAGACGAUGGUGUGAAACACCCCUGUUAAGACGUGUUUUACAGUUCAAAAUGUACAGGAGGAAAAUACUAAACUACAACACGACCUACACGCUGUUCAGACACCGGUGGAUGAAGAGGAUGCCUGUGUUCUCCAGCAGCGUCAGGAUGAUGAGCACACACACAGACAAGGAGUCUAUUGACCUGUCCAAGUUCCCUGCAGACAGAAUCAGGAACUUUUGCAUCAUUGCUCAUAUUGACCACGGGAAAAGCACUUUGGCUGACAGGCUGUUGGAGAUGACAGGUGCCAUAGCAAAGACUGAGAAGAACAAACAGGUGUUGGACAAGCUUCAGGUGGAGCGAGAGAGAGGGAUAACAGUGAAGGCCCAGACGGCCUCUCUGUUUUACAGCCAUGAGGGAGAGCAGUACCUCCUGAACCUCAUCGACACACCGGGUCACGUUGACUUCAGUUAUGAAGUGUCUCGAUCCAUUUCUGCAUGCCAAGGUGUCCUGUUGAUUGUCGACGCCAAUCAGGGGGUUCAAGCUCAGACGGUGGCCAACUUCUAUCUGGCUUUUGAGGCUCAGCUGGCAAUCAUCCCUGUCAUCAACAAGAUCGAUUUGAAAAAUGCCGAUCCAGAGAGAGUGGAGUCACAGAUUGAAAAGGUGUUUGAUAUUCCACGUGAAGAGUGCAUCAGGAUUUCUGCCAAACUUGGAACAAAUGUUGAAAAAGUUCUCCAAGCAGUUGUGAACAGAAUUCCAGCACCUGCAGCAAGUGUCGAUGACCCAUUCAAAGCCCUCGUAUUUGACUCCAAUUUUGACCACUAUAGAGGAGUGGUGGCCAACAUCGCUUUGUUUGGAGGUCGGGUCAGAAAAGGGGACAGGAUCGUGUCUGCAUAUCUCGGCAAAACCUACGAGGUCAACGAGCUGGGGCUCCUCCGGCCAGAUGAGCUCCCCACACAGAAGCUGUUUGCAGGCCAAGUGGGCUACAUAAUAGCAGGGAUGAAGGAUGUGAAGGAGGCCCAGAUUGGCGACACACUGUACCUCCAGGAGCAGCCAGUGGAAUCUCUUCCAGGGUUUAAACCUGCCAAAGCCAUGGUCUUUGCUGGCAUGUAUCCGAUGGACCAGUCAGAGUACCCAGGCCUCCGCAGCGCCAUAGAAAGACUGACCCUGAAUGACUCAAGUGUCACAGUGCAUAGAGACAGCAGCCUGGCCCUGGGAGCAGGCUGGAGACUUGGCUUCCUGGGUCUUCUCCAUAUGGAGGUAUUCAAUCAGAGGCUGGAGCAGGAAUACAAUGCCUCUGUUAUAGUAACGGCGCCCACUGUGCCCUACAAGGCCGUCCUCUCCUCAACCAGACUCAUCAAGGAACAUGGCAGCGAGGAGAUAACCAUCGUGAACCCCGCUCAGUUCCCAGACAAAUCAGUUGUGUCGGAGUACUUGGAGCCGAUGGUACUGGGGACCAUUCUCACUCCAGAUGCUUACACCGGCAAGAUUAUGACUCUCUGCUUGAAUCGCAGAGCCAUCCAGAAGAACAUGGUGUACAUAGAUGACCAGCGUGUCAUGAUGAAAUACCUCUUCCCUUUAAAUGAAAUUGUUGUGGAUUUCUAUGAUCUCCUCAAAUCGAUAUCCUCUGGAUAUGCAAGCUUUGACUAUGAGAAUGCAGGCUACCAGGCUGCUCAUCUGAUAAAGAUGGAUAUUCUGCUGAAUGGGCGACCGGUGGAAGAGCUCACCACAAUUGUCCAUAGAGACCGUGCGUACAGCUCAGGGAAAGCCAUGUGUGAGCGACUCAAAGACUCCAUACCAAGGCAGAUGUUUGAGAUCGCUGUGCAGGCAGCCAUUGGAAGUAAGGUCAUUGCAAGAGAAACAAUAAAGGCGUACAGAAAAAAUGUGCUCGCUAAAUGUUAUGGAGGUGACAUAACACGGAAGAUGAAGCUUCUGAAAAAACAAGCGGAGGGUAAAAAGAAGAUGCGGCUUAUUGGCAACGUGCAAGUUCCAAAAGACGCCUUCAUUGAUGUUCUGAAGAGGAAGGACUAACAGACUGCAAUAGUGUUAGUAUCUUAUUGUAUUAUAGUGUCAUUAUCAUACAAUUGAUCCUAAAUAAAGCUGUCAUUGUUGAUACAAAGCGCUGAAAAUAUGGUGAUUACUUGUGUCAUUACUUCGCUCUCUUUGACAUUUAAGAGAUAAUUUGCAGGAAUUUAAAGGUAACAUGUUCAAAAUCAAUGCCUGAUAAAAAAAAAUCCUGAUUUCACUCAGCCUCAAUUAUUUUCAUGCAUUAUUAACAUUUUCUGUUGGUGAAGGUGAUUUCCAUGUCAUCACACAGUGAUAAACAUUGCUUUUAUAAAACUGUAGAUAUGAAGUGGUUUUAUGUAAAUGUCAAGCCUAAUUUUAUGUUCAGUGCGUAUUGUGUUAUGUACAUAAUUAUUACUGGCUUUUGUUGCAUUCUGAGAAGUUUGUCAAUCAGUCAGUCAAUAUAAUGGAUAAAUAUGAUAUGAUGAUGUUCAUCUUUUAGGUAAUUUUUUCUUUGUUAAUUGGACAGAAUAUGCAAAUGUCACGUCAUUCAGUCUUUAAACAUUUUAUAGACCAUGUUUAUGGAUAAAAUUGAAAUAAAGAAGGCCUGUCAUAAUCAGUAAAAAAUCGUAAAUGCCGAUGGAAACAUUUCCAAAAUAUACUAAAUAUUCCUAUUUGAUCAUGGAAGUACAUCACAUUGUAGACUGUGACUGAAAAGACGUUCAUUCUGAGGUGACUGGGUGACAAACAUAUUGAGCUCCUGUGCAAAAGAUGCACAUGCAUUGUUUAUGGAAAAUAUUGGUCUCAUAUUUGUUUUGUUUUUUGUCUCUGGUCUCCACAUGAGAUGAUCUUGAAUUUAACUUGGGUCAAUUAUUUCUUUUGUUUUUUUACACUAAUACAAAGUCAGAAUUAAA